AUGAGGACUCCUUCACCCAAACCACCGAGUCAUGCCGAGCAGCAACGCAAGAAGAAGAUGCUUCUGUCCAGCCGUGCCAGUCCCCCCAAACCACUGAGGGUGGGUGGCCCAGAUCGAUAUCUCUCCAUCCGACAGUUCCUCCCUUCCACUCCGAUCCCUUCACCGUCUCUUCCGUCCAUCCUGCCACGCCACGGCAAGAAACCGCCCAAGCUCAACUCACGGAAGAUCGUCCGCAGCCUCUUCUGGCUGGCGGUCGUCAUCGGGAUCUACUAUCUCGUCUCAUUCGGACGGAGGCAAUCCCACAAGCUUGCCCAGCUGACCUUUCUGACCUCGCUGGGCAAGACCUACGAAAUCGUCGAAGCUUCAGAGCUGCCGGACUAUCCAACCCCGCUGGCAUUGACAGAUGCCGAGGGGAAACAUCACUGGACCAUAUCCAUCCCUCAGAACCUCCCGUUCCCCCUGCCCUCCACGGACUACGCCGACAUCUGCUCGCAAGUCGACGAGGUGGCCCGCCAUGUCGCAGGCCCUCGCCAGAAACCCCAGCAAAGCGACUACUACCAGGAGGAUCCCAAUUUCAUCGACGUCCGAGAGGCGCAAUCUCAGCACUUUCUUCCCGCGGAUAACCACCGGCCGCCUCAGGGGAGCGCGAACCAUCUGCCCGUCUGCGAGAAAUCCCUGACAUACGUCCUCGACGCCACCGAUGCAGGUCUUGGGUCCACCCUUUUGGGCAUGUGGCUCUCCUACGGCCUGGCUCGCCGUGAAGAUCGCGCCUUCUUCAUCGACGACACCAAUUUUCCCUACGGCAAAUACAGCACGUUUUUCGGCUCAAGGCCCUCUCCAUCUUGCCGCUUACCGAGCCCUUCGCAUCGUGUCCCGUGCCCCCAUCAGGCAAAACACCUCGUUGUGUCUGCUGCCACUACCAGUUGGAUUUUCGGCGAGGCUUUCCACAGCCACUUCUCGCAGCGGGAAAUAUUUGAUAUGGCGAGGGAGGGCUACGAGACACUCUUCAAGCUGCGGGCUCAGGACGAGCAAUACGUACUUAGCCGCGUGGAAAAACUCCGCGAGGACGUCGAUCCGACCACCAUCCCCAGCCCCGUCCCAGACGACGAACGCUUCGAUGACGACGAGAUGUACGACGCCCCGCCACAGAACGGUCUGGUGGGAAUUCACAUCCGCCGCGGCGACCGGCACCCUUUCAGCUUGACCUACUCGCAAAACUACCUUCCCCCCGAAAUGUACAUGGCCACGGCCUUGAAGCUGGUCGGCCAAUCCUCGCAGUGGAAAUUCCUCGUGGCCUCGGACGAUGCCGACAUGUACGACCACAUCGAUUUGCCCAACACGUUGCGGGCCCAAGAACGAAUUUCCCUCGCGUCCAAGAAGAAGUUGGCUAGCAUGGGCCAAGGAGGUGGAUUGGGCUGGGAAGGCGGGUUCUUCAGGGACGUCUUCUGGGGGCUGGGUCUGCCGGAGGACGUGAAGGAACGGAAAAAAUGGGGCAGCCCGAUGCCCAUGAAGGCCAAGCACCGAUUUGGCGAGAAGGACGACGACGGCCGGGAGAAGCGAGUGCACCAUCACGACGCCAAACAUUCGAGCGGACCGCGCAAAGAGGGGGCGAACGAUGAUGUCGACGAUGUGGCCCUUCUGGAGCGGGACUACCGGACACAUCCAACCCCAGAGGCGCUUCAGCUGCGAGAACUCCUGGGUCGCGCGUACCUGUUGGACUUGGCCGUGUUGGCGCAGAGCGACAAAGUGGUGUGUGGUGUGUCGGCGAAUGCAUGUCGGAUCCUGGCCGUGAUGCUGGGGUGGGAGAGAAGUUUCGACAGGAAAGACUGGAACAAUGUGGACGGAGGGUAUCAGUGGAGGGUCCUGGACUACUGA